AUGUAUACUAACGCCUUACUCAUCAGAAAUAACCCUCAGGACCAGAAGCGCAACUUGACCCCCAACAUCCCACAGCCAAACGCGUAUUCGGCCUCGCCGUCUCAGUUGACGCUGUCGUCUGACCUGACGUCCGGACACGGGUUGCCCAAUCCCUACCAACAGUACGGUUACGUGCCCGGUCCGCACGAUCCUUCAGCGUUUGGUUUCCCCCCACAGGCAGGAUACCGGCCACAACUCCAAACCCAGCAUCAUCGCCAUCCGCACGCGCACCAAUAUCAGCAACAAUCACCGACGAAUCCGCGCAAGAGGCGCGCAUCUGAGCUGGGUGACCCUUCGUUGCCAGGCUCGUCCAGCAGCAAUGCGAGCGCAUUCACCAACCCGUCUGGUCUUUUGUCAGCUGGGAGCGAUCUUUCAGGCGCAGGCUUGGACCUAGGCGCGCCGUCGCAGCAAACAUUACCCAGUCCGACCGUGAAGAAAGGGAGGACGAAUACGCCAUGGACGCCAGCGGAAGAGCAAAGGCUCAAAGCGUUGCGCGAUGCUGGGAGUAGUUGGAGCGAGAUCGCCAAGACGUUUCCCACGCGAACCGAAGGCAGCGUCAAGAAGCAUUGGUACAAAGACAUGCAUUAUGCGGAGUUUGCAGAAGACGAGAGCGCAGCGUUGCUGCAAGCCAUCAAAGAUUACGAGAACAACAAGUGGAAGGUGAUUGGACAGAAAGUGGGCAAGCCGGCGAAGGCUUGCGAGCAGUUUGCAAAGGAGCAAGGGUGGAAGGUCUGA